CAUACUUCAUCUAAACACUGUCACAGGUUGCAUCACUACUAAGGAGCUUGGGACUGUGAUGCGUUCUCUGGGACAGAACCCAACCGAGGCCGAGCUUCAAGAUAUGAUUAAUGAGGUUGAUGCCGAUGGGAAUGGGACAAUUGACUUCCCAGAGUUCCUCAACUUGAUGGCCAGAAAGAUGAAGGACACAGACUCCGAGGAGGAGCUCAAAGAAGCUUUCCGGGUUUUUGACAAGGACCAAAAUGGUUUCAUUUCUGCAGCUGAACUCCGCCAUGUCAUGACAAAUCUUGGUGAGAAGCUUACAGACGAGGAGGUUGAUGAGAUGAUUCGAGAGGCUGAUGUGGAUGGCGAUGGGCAGAUUAACUAUGAGGAGUUUGUCAAGAUCAUGAUGGCCAAGUGAGAACUUAACUACCCAAAUCUAAAUCUUUAGAUGAAUGAAGAUAGACAAGAAUGGCAGGUCAAUUGAUGAAAUUUCCAUUUCUUGUUAGGACGUGUUCUUUUGACAUUAUUAUCUUUGUUUGAAUUCUUGCUUGUUUCUAUUUUUCGCAUUGUUUUCAAGGCUGUUCUUCAGUGCAUGCUUGUUUUCUAUGUCCCCUGUUUUAAUAGUCUAGGUUAGUUUCUUCUUCUAUUCUAGUAAAAUAUGAACCUCGAACAACUGGAGAACUUCAGACUAAUUCUAUCGAUUAAUUUUCCAUUCCGUUAA